AUGAUCAAACUCUGCAGGACCAUCAAGAGUGAGCUCAACAAACGUCAUCACAUAUAUCGAGCCAACCGUUCAUUGAACUCCGCCAGAACGCGAGAGAGUGAGCCGCUUAAAGCGAGCACACAGCUCCGCCUCGUCGGCCAAGUAGAAGGACCGCUAUCCGUGGCUUUCGUUCCACUGAUCAUUGCCGCACCUGUUACGGGGAUUGCUGACUUUGGGGAGAUUUCGCCUUCCAGCUCGUUGACCGACCCGACCGCCUACGUCGAAAAACACGUCCUGACUCUUUUGCUUGAAGACCCGCGUUUGAACACAGCGUAG